CCUUUUUUGUGAGGCUCUAUGUCUGGCAAUUCUUCUUGUAUCUGUUACUAAUGAGACUGACAUCAAUCCUAAAUGGAAUGAUUGCCUAGUGUCUGGAAAUGCUAAAUAAUCUGUCUAUACCAUGGCCCUUCAUCUGUAAAGGGUUUUGUGGAGAACCCGAUUUCCUCAAGGCGUCAUCAAGUUUAAUAGUUGUGAGCGUUUAAAUGGGAGUAUGAGUUCGAGACUUUUUCUUAGGUCACAUUUGGCAUGCCUUAAAUUUUCGUUUUAUGUUUAUUAUUCAUGAAAUAUGGACUUUUUUGGGCAACGUAUCCAGAAGUAACUGUUCACUCAUCUCCAGAGAACGGAAGUAGGCCUGUUCGGAAACCUGUGGUCUUCCGACGUAAACGACAUAGCAGUCAUGAUGUUGACUCUACUGAUAUCAGUCCUACUUUGUAUACUCCAGAAGAAAGGGGCAAUUCUGGUGAUGUGUUAACGGAAUGCUUGGAUGAAAUUCCAGAGGACGGAACCGACGGAUUGGCCAGAGUGGUUUCGUUGUUAGGCUUGGAGUUAGAAAAGGUUAAAACCAAAAUGAUGUCAGUGACAAACAAAAAAUGCUCAGAAAUACUGGUGUCUGCUGCCGAAGAAAUUCAUUCACAGCUGCAGAAUGUUGAGUCUCAGAUUCAGACAGAUUUAGUGAAACUAACAAGCCUCAAGACAUCUAAAAGGAAACAUCUGGAGACAAGGCUUGAAGGUAAUGGUUAUAAGAUUUCAAUUGGUUCAUACUUCAGAGUCGCUAUCUAA